CCCUUCCCCCUUCCCCCUAGCUCCUGUCUCGCUGCUCCGUCUGGCCCUUUAGCCCCCCCUGCCAUGGCCACCCUCAGUGUCAAACCUGAAGCCCAAGCCAAGGUAGAUUUGUUCAGAAAGGAGUUAUGUUCUCAGGCAGAGAUCCUACUCGGAAGCUAUUUCCCCAAGAAGAUUUCAGAACUGGAUGAGUUCUUGAAGGACCCAUCUCUGAAUGAGGCUGAUUUGAGUAUCCUAAAGGCUCCCCUGGACAUUCCAGUCCCUGACCCAGCCAAAGAAAAAGAGAAGGAAGAGCGUAGGAAACAAGAAGAGAAGGAUGAUAAAGAUGGAAAGAAAAAAGAAGACGAUGAAGAUAAAGGUCCUCCUUGUGGGCCUGUGAGCUGCAAUGAGAAGAUUGUGGUCCUUCUGGGGCGCUUGAAGCCUGAGAUCAAAGAUGUGAAAGAACAGCUCAACCUGGUCUCCAUGUGGCUGCAGCUACAGGUGCCUCGAAUUGAGGAUGGAAACAACUUUGGAGUAGCUGUCCAGGAGAAGGUAUUUGAGCUGAUGACUUCACUCAGAACUAAGCUGGAUGGCUUCCACACCCAGAUCUCAAAGUACUUCUCUGAAAGGGGUGAUGCAGUGGCUAAAGCAGCCAAGCAACCACAUGUGGGUGACUACCGACAGCUGGUUCAUGAACUGGACGAAGCACAGUAUGGAGAGACAAGACUGAUGGUCAUGGAGAUCCGAAAUACUUAUGCUGUAUUAUAUGACAUCAUCCUGAAGAACUUUGAGAAGAUCAAGAAACCCAGGGGAGACACAAAGGGAAUGAUCUACUGAAAAACGGAGCCCUGACUCCUUUCUCCAUCACCCCUUCACAAGGAUUAUCUGUUUUACCACAAUCUAGCUUCCAUUUAGAAUUUCCUAUCUUAUCCAAUAAAUUUUGUCACACCA